CUGAGGGCGACUUCCACGCGGUUCCCAGCUGCUUUCGCUUGGCACAGGGACUCUUCCGAGAAGAUGCCGAAGGCCAAGUCCGCAGCGAGUAGCCGCCGGCGGGAUCGUCAGGAGCAGCGCGGGGAGCUGAAGCGAGCUGGAGGACUCAUGUUCAACACAGGGAUCGGACAACACAUUUUGAAAAAUCCUCUAAUUGUUAACAGCAUCAUCGAUAAGGCUGCUUUAAGACCUACCGAUGUGGUGCUGGAAGUUGGACCUGGGACUGGCAAUAUGACUGUCAAGCUGUUAGAAAAGGCCAAAAAGGUAGUUGCCUGUGAACUUGAUCCAAGGCUAGUAGCUGAACUUCACAAAAGAGUUCAGGGCACGCCUCUGGCCAGCAAACUCCAGGUCCUGGUGGGAGAUGUAUUGAAAUCAGAUUUGCCAUUCUUUGAUGCUUGUGUGGCAAACUUGCCUUAUCAGAUCUCCUCUCCCUUUGUCUUCAAGUUGCUGCUCCACCGGCCAUUUUUCAGAUGUGCUAUACUUAUGUUUCAGAGAGAGUUUGCUCUUCGAUUGGUUGCCAAGCCUGGAGAUAAAUUAUACUGUAGACUCUCCAUUAACACACAGCUUUUAGCACGCGUGGACCAUCUAAUGAAGGUGGGGAAGAAUAACUUCAGACCGCCCCCCAAGGUGGAGUCCAGCGUGGUCAGGAUAGAACCUAAGAAUCCGCCACCACCAAUCAAUUUCCAGGAAUGGGACGGCUUAGUAAGGAUUACUUUUGUUCGGAAAAACAAGACACUGUCUGCCGCAUUCAAAUCAAGUGCAGUACAACAACUGUUGGAAAAAAAUUACAGAAUUCACUGUUCAGUACAGAAUACUGUAGUACCAGAAGAUUUCAGUAUAGCAGAUAAAAUACAGCAAAUCCUCACCAGCACAGGUUUUAGUGACAAACGGGCCCGUUCCAUGGACAUAGAUGACUUUAUCAGGUUGCUACAUGGAUUCAAUGCAGAAGGCAUCCACUUCUCCUAGCCAUUUGAAAACUACUUUUUCAAGACCAA